UGUUGGUGUGCGUGUGGGAGGGUAGAUCUGUUGGAAUGAUGCUGCAUUCUUGUUGUCCUCCCCUGGGACAGGUGCUGCGCCCUGAGGCUUAAGCACCAGCUGACAUGUGCACUUUAACCCAGCAGUGUAUUAGCAUCUCUCCCAGUACCUCUCUGCAGCCCCUCGGGUAUGGGACCUCCAGGAUUGCCUUUUUAGGAGCCACCUGAUCAUGGCUUGAACUCCCUGCCGCCCCCAACACAAAGAAGGCUGAUAAUACGUUUCCAUUGAUGGGAGUCUGGCUGCCUUCACUGUCGAGAGUCUGAGAACUUUCGACUGCUAGGAUGGAUUAUGGAGCUUUGAGGAAAACUCUUUAGUUUUUCUGUUGUUUCUUUAUAACUACAGAUUUCACAGGUGCAUAAACAAGGAGAAUCUAUUUUUUCUUUUUUUGUUUACUUUGUUAAUUCUCCAGAAUAGCAGACAAAAUCCAGACAGAUGGAGAAAUUUAAGGCGGCCAUGAUUCUGGGUGCUGUUGGUGAUGCGUUGGGCUACAGGAAGGGACGCUGGGGAAGCUGCACAUCAGGGAAGAAGAUCCAAGAGGAACUGAGCGCUUUGGGGGGACUGGAGGCCCUUAAACUCGACCCAGAGAACUGGCCGCUGAGUGAUGCGGUGCUAAUGCACAUGACUACAGCCCAGGCUCUCAUAACAGAUUAUUGGUGCUUAGAGGAUCUGUACAGAGAGCUGGUGCGUCUCUACGUGGAGGCCAUGGUGUCUCUCCAGGGCAAAGCUCCUGACUCUAACACGGUUGAGGCCUGCUCUCACCUCAAACCACACAACUUCCUGCUCGCCUGGCAUACACCGUUCAACGAGAAAGGGUCUGGAUUCGGGGCCGCAGCCAAAGCCAUGUGUGUGGGUAUGCGGUACUGGCAGCCCGAGCGGCUGGAAAACCUCGUGGAGGUCAGCAUUGAAACUGGCAGAAUGACCCACAACCACCCAACAGGCUUUCUUGGCUCCUUGACAGCAGCCUUGUUUGCAUCGUACGCGAUCCAGGGAAAGCCUGUGGUGAGUUGGGGCCGCGAGCUCCUGAAGGCAAUCCCCCGCGCCGAGGAGUACUGCAGGAAGACCAUACGGCACAUGUCAGAAUAUCAGGAGAACUGGUUCUAUUUUGUGGCCAAGUGGCAGUUUUACCUUGAAGAGCGGGGAAUAGACAAGGAGGGAGGGAACCAGCCUUCAUUCCCUGAUCACUAUGACCCUGAAGAGGCAGAUAAAAUGUAUAAACGCUGGAGCUCGGAGGGCCGCGCAGGGCGUAGAGGUCAUGAUGCUCCCAUGAUAGCAUACGACGGCCUUCUAGCAGCAGGGAGUGACUGGACUGAGCUCUGUAGGCGAGCUAUGUUUCAUGGAGGUGAAAGUGAAGCCACAGGCCUGAUCGCAGGUUGCCUCUAUGGUCUCAUAUAUGGCUUGAGCCAGAUUCCCCAAGGCCUGUACAAGGAUUUGGACAAAAGAGAACAGCUGGAGGAGCUGGGAGAGGCUUUGUUCAAGGCAGCCUCUACAGAGAAAUGCAUUGACAAACCAGAUUCUUGGGAAAGCAGUUUCAGCCCUGGAUCCAGUGUGCUGAGGAAGUUGGUUAGAGACCCCAAAUGCCCUUCAGCGCUGCGAGAGGUUCUCCAGAGUCUGCUGCAAUACCUGACUCAAGAUCUGCCAAAGAGGGAGAGCAGAAACCCGGAUGAUACAGCAACUGUAAAUGAGACAGACACCAGAAUCACAGAUUUCUCUGAAAGGAAGAUGUCAGUGAAGACGGCUGCAUAUCAGGCGAGUCACACAGUGGGAAACACUGAUAAGGCCGUUUCAAAUGUGUCUGAAAAGUGCCGGAUGGAUUCACAAGACAAAAAGCCGCAAGAAGAACACGGGGCAGAAGACUUCCGAUGUCAGCGCCUCACCACAUUCCAGCUGCUCCAAGCCAAAUUUUCUCGGUCCUCCCCCAAACCCUACAUCACUCAUCAGAGGGAGGUGGGAAGUCUCUGUGUCAGCAGAGCAACACCUGGACUCAAAAACCACAGUCAAAGCAGAGGACACAACAUGCUCACAAAGGACAAAUCCAAAAAGGAGCAAGGAUUUAAGAGACAUGGCACUGUGAAAAAUAUUCUUGCUAAAUUUGCAAUGGCUGAGCAGAAAGAGCAGGAGUUAAAACAUCUAAAGAAAGUGCAGAUUAAACCUAAACCUGUUGGAAGACAGAUCAUCUUGUCUUCUUUAUUGGAGAAGUUUGAGACUAUAGCUACCGUAUGUAAAAGAACUGACUUUAACGGUCCAAAAAGGAUCCAAAGUAAAGCUCCACACAGUAAAAAUGAGAAGAUGACCUUUUUGGAUCGAGAAGAACAAAUAAAAGACCAAACCGCAAACCAAUGGAAGACUCAGCUGAUGCAAUCAGAGAGCAAAUUGGGUCAACAGGAUUUUAAAAGAAAUGGAAAAGAACACAGACCUGACCAAGAAGAAGAUGUUUUAAACUCAGAAUCUGAAGUGACGUCUCAUUUGAAGCCUGAGGUAGAACAGCUUCACACUUCAGUGAAGUGUCAAACAUGCUACGAUGAAGUGGAGGGUUGCAGGUCAGCAAAAGUCGACCAGUCUCUGGUUGAUAAAAUAGUUCCAAACACAAAUAGUGUGAAAUACGGAUGUCAAGAGAUCAUCUCGUUAUCUUCUGUGACAGAGUGCUGUUUCCCACAAUCCUCCAUGCUGCAUCUGCAGGAAGAGCUUCUGCAGGACUGGCAUGCAGCCACCAUCACAGACUGCAGUCCUGCAUGGUCCAUGUGUGUGGACUGCUCCCCUGAUCAAUAUGUGAAGGAAACUCAAGCUGAAGCUUCUCAGUGCUUCAACUUUGAGAAGGCAGCAGCAGAAAUCACUGGUGAUUUGAAUGGAGAUCUGCAGCUGGAAAUAAGCAAAUUCCCCUCAACGGCAGGCUCAAACAUCCAAUCAAAGUGUUGUACCAACACGUCUGCUGGAGCCAAUGGAAGCUCAAACCUUUCUGGAACUGUCAUCAGUCAGCCCGUGUACGUCAUCCCACGGUUCUUCAGAUUUGAGGAUCAAAUUGAUUUCUACUCUCAAUCCUCGUCCCAAGAACAUGAUAUAAGUUCUGCGUGGGACAAUCUACCAUCACAACUUGACUGCUCUGUUUCAACUCAUGGUAAUACCACAGAGAUGCCAAAAAGCUUCAAUUACACUGACCGUCCUCAAGAUGUCCACCGUUAUGAGAAGGAGAAGAAACCAGCAGAUGGGCAAAAUGAUGACACAGAAGCUGGAGAAAACACAAAAGAGGAAUUUAAUCUCAUAGCUGAGAGUGAUACGAGAACGCCGCAAAGAUGUAUGUUGUCAGAUGAGAACAGAGCUGAAGGUCGGGAGCCCUCUGCAGUAGACGUUUCAGUCCCUCUACCCCACGAAAACAAAAGGAAAGAAAAACCAAAGUACACAACAAUAAAUUACGCUGAUUCUUCCAUCAAGCAAACAUAUAAACCCAAAAUCAUUAGAUUUACGGACACUUUUAAUUUCUAGGGCAGCUGAUUCAAACUAAAUUUAUAAUAAAAGCAAACUAGUCAAUUAGGAGAUUUAACCCUAACACUCGUGAUUCAUGUGAUUCACCAAUAUGAAUUUCAAAUCUCGUCUUUAGCCAAAAUAAAUACAAAUUAUGUUGUGCUUUUUGUCCAAAUACACUGAAUCGCUCACAUGGCGGUGAAAUAAACCAUCAUUCACACCUUUUUUUCUGUCAUGUAGUAGUUCUGCAGAUAAAAACAUUGUCCGCACACUUUUUCUUUUCCCGUUGAAGGUUUUCUCGAGCAAACUGGAGAUCAGCGUUUAUCUUUCAGUCAUCAUUGACAGACACAGAGAGACACUCACAGCAGAGCCAAACAACUGUGAGAAACUAUUCACACAAUUACAAACAGAGAAUUUGAUCAUCAUUAACUUUUAUUCAUUAACUGGCAUGUGAUCUGGUGACUAACCACAGUGAUUUAAGCUAAUUAGACCAAUCACAACCAUUCUAUUCUUACACUCAUCUUUUUCACAUACAGUAUUAAAAUAAAGAUGGAAAGCAGUAGUUUUGGGAGCCUUAAAUGUUUUGAAAGCCUUGUAAAUUCAAGAAAACUGUUUAAAAUGUG